GCUUUUCAAUCGUGGUUAAUGCGAAUUAUGAACUUUUGCAUUGUAUUUUAUUUGAUUUUAUUCUUUUUGUAGUUACGAUAAUUUCUAAGUACAUAAUAUUUAAAACUCGUUUGCUACGUAAGUGACUUAAUUGUGCGGCAAUAUGAAUUAGCCAGAGUAAGAUGUUUCGGUUUGGUGGUUUCCAAGUGUUUACGGUUUGUUCCACAUAAUAUAAUUUGGUCACGUCUCCUGCGAAAUCCUACGUUGUGCAUGUAUCGCUGUCGAGCACAGCGCUCUGUGUUAUGUCACAUGUUCGGUGACGACCGCUGCGCCCGCGCCGCCUGCUGUGACAUCACCUAAGUGACCUACCUACCAUGUGACUCUCAGUGCCUCACAAUAUUUUAUACUAUUUAUAUUUUUGCUACUAUUCACAUUUUGAAAUUUUACAAUUUUUUUAAAUCGAACGCAUGGAUCCGAGGUCUCCGUCGCCAUCCGCAGCCGACAGUGAAAUAAAAAAUGAGGAAAAGGAAAAAAUGGCAAACAAUAAUAGGGAGAGGCCGGGCGAGGAGGAGGGCGGGAACGCGAACGGAGACGACGACAGCUCCGGCAACUCCACCGAUAGCGAGGAGCUGGUGAACGCCAUCAACUACAACACCAUCACAUCGCUGGCGGCGCUCAAGGACAUCAUCCAGGGGGACAGCGACGACACCACCGAGGCCGACAGCUUCUUCCAGCACUACUUCAUGAACCACUGCAACAACCUGUCCAGCAGAAACUCCAACUCCGCCUCGCCCUUCCCCGUCAACGAGCGCCGCAGGUUGUCGCAGUGUCGCGAGGAGGACGAGGACGACGAGAGAAAGAAUACGCAUCACAAACCCCGGGCCCAUAGCGACGCGGCCGAUCACAACGACGCCAUCGCACACCACAUCACAAACAAUAAUGCACAAUUAACGGGGGGCGAUACCAGCGACGAUUCCAAGAGGACAGUGAUGGGGGCCAAGCACAAAUUCCUGGUGACGAAGACGGAGCCCCCGCCGCCGCCCGUCGCGCGCGCCCUGCGCACACACCACAACAACGCGCACACCGUGCACUUCGGCACGAAGGGCGCUGAGGAGCAGAGGCCCAGCAUCAGGGCCAUCUUCGCGGGCCAGAACCUGCACAGGGACAAGAACUACUUCGACAGCAGCCUCAUUGAAAUUAGGUCCACUGUGGACGGGCUCGCCCCCAGCUCCGAGGACAUUUGGGUGAAGCGUACUGAAGACAAAAAGGCGCUUCUCACCAAGGAACCGAAUGAUAAAUCAGCUAAGAAAGAAUUAAUCAAGAAGGCGGAUGUUGAAAAACCUGAGCAGUUCAGAGCUAGAUCUGGCACAUGGGGGGCUCAGUCUGCCGGCAAAGAGAAAGAAGGUUUGAAGAAGAUAAAGAAGGAGAAGGAAGUGAGAAGGAGCAGUGAUGAGAGGCGGCAAAAAAGAGAGCAACGCCUGGACGCGGCUAUCACGCGCAGCACCCAGUCUGUCGGGGAGAGGAAGCGACGCAGCUCCGAUGAUGGCCAGGCACAUCCCAUGUACCAGCAGACUAUACACGGCACGAGCGGCGUCAGUCGUCGGCCGGCGCUGUUCGACAUGUUCAAGUCGCGAAGCCGAGACGCGCGCGACACGCGCAAGCCGCCCUCCAUUAUGCAGCAGGUCAUGGCGGCGAUGCAGAGCAUGACCAAGACGCCGACGAAGGAUCUAGACAAGGACACGCCGCUGGGCUCCCCCACUCCCACACCAACUGCAACGCCCACGCCCACUCCCACACCCACGGUCAAGGCGAGAGAUGGAUCCGCACAUCCCCAUCCAGGCAGUGAUACCAGGUACUACCACACAGUGACGGCGUCUGCGUCGCGUCGGCCGUCGGCCAUGGCGAAGGUGAUGGACAUAUUCCGCGGACGAGCCGCCCCCGCCGCGCCCGACCCCGCCGAGAAGCGACGCAUUAGGGCGAUCUCUCAGCAGCAACAGUAUGCCGCUGGUGCGUAUCUACGUCGUGCGGCGUCCCAGGAGGCGGAGAAGCGGCGGUCGUCGCUGGGCCACCUGCCAGCGGCGAGGCAUCGCGCGUCGGACGCCUUUCUCGACCCUCACCAUGCCGCCAUAUUGUUCAGGGACUCGAGAGGGUUGCCGGUAGCAGAUCCAUUCCUGGAGAAAGUCAGUCUUUCAGAUUUAGAGGAGGAUGAGUCGCAGAUCUUCGUGAAGUUCUUCAAGUUCCACAAGUGCUACGACCUGAUCCCCACAUCCGCCAAGCUGGUGGUCUUCGACACGCAGCUCCUCGUGAAGAAGGCAUUCUUCGCGCUCGUUUAUAACGGUGUCCGCGCCGCGCCGCUGUGGGACUCGCAGCGUCAGCGGUUCGUGGGGAUGCUCACCAUCACGGACUUCAUCAAGAUACUGCAGAUGUACUACACCAGCCCCGACGUCGCCAUGGAUGAGCUGGAGGAGCACCGCCUCGAGACCUGGCGACAAGUGUUGAAAGGCUCCGUGAUGCCGCUGGUAUCGAUAGGGCCGGACUCGUCCCUGUACGAGGCCAUCAGGAUGCUGAUCGCCAACCGCAUACAUCGGCUGCCCGUCAUCGAUCCCAACACAGGCAACGUCCUCUAUAUACUGACGCACAAGAGGAUACUGCGAUUCCUGUUCCUAUACAUAAACGAGCUGCCCAAGCCGGCGUACCUGCAGUGCCGUCUGCGCGAGCUCCGCAUCGGCACCCUCAGCGGCAUCGAGACAGCCACCGAGGACACGAGCAUCAUCGACGCGCUACGCAAGUUCGUCAACCGCCGCGUCUCCGCGCUACCGCUCAUCGACACCGAGGGACGACUCAAGGAUAUAUACGCCAAGUUUGACGUCAUUAAUCUAGCGGCAGAGAAGACGUACAACAACCUGGACGUAUCGCUGAAGCAGGCCAACGAGCACCGCAACGAGUGGUUCGAGGGCGUGCAGAAGUGCAACCUCGACGAGACGCUGUACGACGUGAUGGAGAGGAUCGUCCGGGCUGAGGUGCAUCGUUUGGUGGUCGUCGAUGAAGAAGACAAAGUGAUAGGCAUCAUAUCCCUGUCGGAUCUGCUCAUGUACCUCGUCCUGCGGCCCACCGGCGCCUGCGAGGGGGUCAGCCUGCGCAACGAGCACGGACCGAUCGAGGAGAAGGACGAGACCACCAGAGACACCGAGACCAGAGACCACGAGACCGCACACCCAGAGACCAAGGACGACACCACGAGUGAGAGUGACUCAGUGCAAUGAGUGAAUGAACCUAACUCGUGGACUUAGAUCGGGUGUGAGAGACCUUAAAUACGCGCAAUGUAUGCGGGCCUAAAGGCACUACGCGCGGUUAGACCCGCUUUUUGAGGGUAUUAAGCGUUGGAUCGGAUUGAGUGUUGUGCCUAUGACCUCAAGAUUAACGUAGGUAUAUUUGAUUUGACAGGUGACAUUGUUUAAGUAUAUCUUCGUUUAGUACUUAUUAUUGUUAAAGACGAUGUUGCGUUGAUGUCUCGGCGAUGUACAGAAUUACAACGGUCGGUCGAUAGCCGGCUACUACCGGGUUUAUUAUUUAUACAUAACUCUUAAUAUUUUGUGACAUAAAUUCAAAGUAAUAUAGCGCAAUUGAAAUCUAUAGUAAUAUUAUUCUAGUUUUCCAGUUCCCAGGUCGGAUUGUAUUUAGGAAUGGUGCGUUUGUUGGGAUUAAUAUAAACUUCCUGUGUAAGUCCAGCUUUAAAGCUACUCGUGUGCCAAAUUUUAACCAAAUCCAUUCUUUUUUACCAAUAAAAACUACACAUUUAUUAUAUUGCCUUAUUUCUUAAAACUUGGGUACUGGAUGUUCUUAUUAUAAUAGUGAUAUCCAAUAUUGAGAUGAUAUAUUCCAACUUCCAAUGGACUUCUGAAAUCUUGAAAUAUAUGGGGGAAUGUUUUCAAAUGGCCAAGUAUAACACUCGAAAAUCCAAGUUCAAUUUCAACAGCAAGUAAAACUGCGUAAAGAAGCAUUUUCUCGGCCAAAAAUCAAACAUUUGUAAAUAAAAAGGAUUCGAUUUUUGGCUCCGAAAAUUUCUGAAAAAAAUUAUUGUGCAGUUUUAGUUUGUUGCUGAAAUUCUGGCAAUUUUGUUCUUAAAUUGUCCAUUUUGAAUAUUUAAACUAUAUUCUCUCUACGGGGAGUUAAGGUUGUCAGUUAAUUCGAAAGAGAUAUUUUACGGAUGUAGAAAAUAUAUGAAAUUACGAAUGAAUGCUUCAUGGAUUCUAGACAAUUCGUUUAUUUUUUAUAUUCGUUUCGCUCGGAAAAGUUAACUCGAAAGCUGAUCUGCGGAGCGUUAACAGGGUUGACCUAAACUCGUGGCGAACAUAUCUAUUCUUCCAUCAUUCUGUGUUGCCUAUUUGGCUAGAGUCAGAGAAGUGCGAAACGGCGAAGUAUAAACUCGAAAGAAUAGAAGAAGAUUUCAGUUAUAAAAAACAACAUAUUCGUUUAUUCCUUGACAUUUUUGUAUAUUCUCUAGAAAGUAGAAACUUUUUCUAUGUUGGCCCCGGUAAACACUCAGGUGUGGUUAACUCUUUUAAACCGAUAGCAAAUGGGGUCCAAAUUGACUCCAUCGUAGCAAAUGGGGGUACAAUUUGACCCCAUCGUAGCAAAUGGGGGUACAGUUUGACCCCAUCGCGGCUCUCGAGUCGACUUCCGAGCGUUCGACUUCCGAGCGUUAUCGGUAACAUGCUCACGCUCGUUUAAAGUAUUAUAACUAAGUAUUGUGUUAUUAAUUUAUGUGUAGUUUUAAUGUUAGACUGUUAACACGUGGCGAGUGAGGUGUGAGGAUGCGUGGCAUAGCGCACACUACACAGGUUUGAUAGAAUAUUAAUAAAAUUCGGUUCAUUAA